AAUUAAGUUAAGUACUUACUUAGACCAUUUAAACUCAAUUUAGGAUCUGCCAAAUGAGUAAUUCCUAUAAUUAAUAAUAAGUUAAGUUAUUAGUUAUCACCUGCCUAGUUGUGAUUUGGUUACUUAGUCAUUCAGUAACUUAACUUAAGCCUAUCUUUGAGUUAAAGCAAACAUGUUGGCAAAACAUUACUGCUGUUGGGUGUUUUUUUUCACGCUAGUGUUGUUAUGCAAUGGAUCAGUCAAGAUAAGCCGUAGAGAUAAACAUGGAAUGUUGGGAGCUCCACCUUUGUCAACUACGAACAGUCAAAUACCUCCAGAUAGUUGGUUCACACAACUUCUUAAUCAUUUUGAACCUACCGAUACUAGAACAUGGAAACAGAGAUACCAAGUGGUGACAGAUCAUUAUGAAGCUGGAGGUCCUGUGUUUCUGUUGAUUGGAGGGGAAGGAGAAACCAAUGCAUUGUGGAUGAUACAGGGUGCUUGGGUGGACUAUGCAAAGAAAUACAACGCCCUCUUGUUCCAAGUUGAGCACCGUUACUACGGCAAGAGUCAUCCUACAAGUGACCUGAGUGUUGAGAAUCUGAAGUACUUGUCGAGUGAGCAAGCGCUAGCAGACCUAGCAUACUUUAUUGUAGCCAUGAACAAUGAGCACAACUUGCCUUCCAACACCAAGUGGGUGGCGUUCGGAGGCUCUUACCCAGGCAAUUUGGCAGCCUGGAUCAGAUUCAAGUAUCCUCACCUUAUCCAUGCUUCCAUGUCAGCCAGUGGUCCGGUUCUUGCUAAAGUUGAUUUCUCAGAAUACAUGGAUGUAGUAAAGAGUUCUCUUGCUACUCACAGUACUAAGUGUGUUAAGGCUGUGGAAUCUGCCAACAAACAUAUCAACAUACUCUUAAAAACUCCAAUAGGUCAAGACACCAUCUCAUCAAAGUUCAGAUUGUGCAGCCCUAUUGACAUAAACAACAUGAAUGAUGUUGCCAACCUUCUUGAGGCCCUGGCUGAGAACUUUGCUGGAGUAGUGCAGUACAACAAAGACAACAGAAUGUCAGACACAGCACACAUCACAAUAGACACUCUGUGUGAUAUCAUGGUGAACGAGUCUCUAGGCACACCAGUCAUCAGAUAUGCGGCUGUAAACAGUUUACUUCUCGAAACAAACUAUGAAUCAUGCUUGGAUUAUACAUAUGAAAACUAUUUAAAGGAAAUAAAAAAUACUACUUGGGGUGCUACUAAAGGCGCUCGCCAGUGGACAUACCAGACCUGCACAGAAUUUGGCUAUUUCCAGUCUUCUGAGAGUAAAACUGCUCUGUUUGGUGAAGAUUUUCCUGUGGAUUUUUUCAUCCAACAAUGUGCAGACAUUUUUGGCAAAAGUUUCACAAAGGAUCUGCUAGACCGAGCAGUGUACAGAAGCAAUGCCAUGUACGGAGGCCUAGACUUGCAGGCCACACGCGUCGUCUAUGUGCAUGGCUCUAUUGACCCUUGGCAUGCACUCGGUAUCACUAAGACAAGAAUUCCUCAAUCGCCAGCUAUCUACAUCAAUGGAACGGCUCAUUGUGCCAACAUGUAUCCAGUAGCUGACAAUGAUUUGCCGGCACUCACUGCAGCCCGUCAGCAAAUAUCUGCAUUGAUUGGAAAGUGGCUUCAAGAACCAUAAGUUACAAUGAAAUGCCAAACCUUAAAUUUGUUAACAUUUUCAUAUCUCAACAAAUAAGUACUGUACUUUUUAUGUAAACCUAAAGUGGACAUUGACUGAAAAAAUUUUUUUACAGUAGAACCCCUUAUAUUUGACUAUGAUGGAACCCGGUAUUGGUCAGAACGGCUAAAAGGUCGUAUAUCGGGUGGAGCAAAAAUAAAGACAGUUUAUUUAUUUCAUUAAAAACCAUAUACGUAAAUUAAUGAAUAUUAUGAAAUAACCUUAAGUCAAAAAUGUGAGCAGAACGACAAUUGACCAGCCAUUCGAAAAUUAUGGCCAUGGAUUUAGAUCAGUAGUCACAGCCAAAUACUUAACAUCUUCGCUGCCUCAGCAAAAUCAAGUACACCUUGCACGGUCAUGGCGAGAUCAUCCUCUCCCACGAUUUGUUAUCGCGUAUCAAUGCAUGCAAAUUUUUUCCGCUGGUGCGAAAAUAUGCGCUCAGAACGACUUUACCUGAGCUUGGUCCGACAUUUUUGCUACUGUUUACUUGACCCUGACCCGAAAAUAUCAGAGACGUGUAGACCUCUAGUAAAAGGUUCAUUUGGUGACCGAGAAAAUCAGGUUUUCGCUGCUGGGAAAGCUAGGGAAAAAUGUUUGGAUUUUCUUCCAGGAGUUUUGUAACAACCUUGGACACUAGGUCAGAUAUCCUGAGGGGCCGGUUAUGCUGAGGUCGGAUAUAAGAGUUCUACUGUACUUGUAAACUUAAAAAAAAUAAUUCAAUUAUUUUUAAAUUUUCCAGCCGUUUUGUUUCUAGCAAUGAAUAUUUUUUAAUUGUCUCGGAAAUGUAUAGAUUAUAGUUAGUUAUUUUGUACUUUGUACUUUUGGUUCAUUCCUUGUGUAUCUCUCAUGCAUUUAUUUAUUCUUUACCAAAAAAAGAGAGAAGAAGUGUUUUUAAAUAAAUAUA